AACGGCCGGUUCCGGCUGAAUGUCAGGGCGAGACUGUGGGCCAGGAAGGAAGGUGGUUGGCGGUCUCUUCAGCACCCCCGCCGCCCCCUCCUCGGCUUUUGCUGCCUCCGCGGGCUCUCGGGCAUGAGACCGUGAGGCGAGCGACGGGCCGGGGCCGCCGACAUGUUUGGCCGCUCUCGGAGCUGGGUGGGCGGGGGCCAUGGCAAGUCUUCCCGCAAUAUUCACUCCUUGGACCACCUCAAGUAUCUAUACCACGUUUUGACCAAAAACACCACAGUCACAGAACAGAACCGGAACCUGCUAGUGGAGACCAUCCGUUCCAUCACUGAGAUCCUGAUUUGGGGAGAUCAAAAUGACAGCUCUGUAUUUGACUUCUUCCUGGAAAAGAACAUGUUUGUCUUCUUCUUGAACAUCCUGCGUCAGAAAUCAGGCCGCUACGUGUGUGUCCAGCUGCUGCAGACCUUAAACAUCCUCUUCGAGAAUAUCAGCCAUGAGACCUCACUUUAUUAUUUGCUCUCCAAUAACUAUGUAAAUUCUAUCAUUGUCCAUAAGUUUGACUUUUCUGAUGAGGAGAUUAUGGCAUACUACAUAUCGUUCCUGAAAACACUUUCAUUAAAACUCAACAAUCACACUGUCCAUUUCUUUUACAAUGAGCACACUAACGACUUUGCCCUAUACACAGAAGCCAUCAAAUUUUUCAAUCACCCUGAGAGCAUGGUCAGAAUUGCUGUACGAACCAUAACUUUGAAUGUCUACAAAGUGGAUAACCAGGCCAUGCUGCACUAUAUCAGAGAUAAAACUGCUGUUCCUUACUUCUCCAAUUUGGUCUGGUUCAUCGGGAGCCACGUGAUCGAACUUGAUAACUGUGUGCAGACCGAUGAGGAGCACCGGAAUCGGGGGAAACUGAGUGACCUGGUGGCUGAGCACCUGGACCACCUACACUAUCUCAAUGACAUCCUGAUCAUCAACUGUGAGUUCCUCAAUGAUGUGCUCACAGACCACCUGCUCAACAGGCUCUUCUUGCCCCUUUACGUGUACUCUCUGGAGAACCAGGACAAGGGAGGAGAGCGCCCGAAAAUCAGCCUGCCGGUGUCUCUCUAUCUCCUGUCACAGGUCUUCCUAAUUAUACAUCAUGCACCCCUGGUGAACUCGUUAGCUGAAGUCAUUCUGAAUGGCGAUCUGUCUGAGAUGUACGCUAAGACUGAACAGGAUGUUCAGAGAAGUUGUGCCAAGCCCAGCAUCCGGUGCUUCAUCAAACCCACCGAGACGCUGGAGCGGUCCCUGGAGAUGAACAAGCACAAGGGCAAGAGGCGGGUGCAAAAGAGACCCAACUACAAAAACGUUGGGGAGGAAGAAGAGGAGGAGAGAGGGCCCUCCGAAGAUGCCCAAGAAGACGCUGAGAAGGCUAAAGGUACAGAGGGUGGUUCAAAAACCAUCAAGACGAGUGGGGAGAGUGAAGAGAUAGAGAUGGUGAUCAUGGAACGCAGCAAGCUUCCAGAGCUGGCGGCCGGCGCAUCCGUGCGCGAGCAGAACACCACGGACGAGGAGAAGAGCGCUGCCGCCACGUGCUUGGAGAGCGUGCAGUGGAGCAGACCCUUCCUGGACAUGGUAUACCAUGCCCUGGACAGCCCAGAUGAUGAUUACCAUGCUCUCUUCGUGCUAUGCCUCCUCUAUGCCAUGUCUCAUAACAAAGGCAUGGAUCCUGAAAAACUAGAACAAAUCCAGCUCCCAGGGCCUGCUGUGGCCGAGAAGACCACCUACAACCAUCUGUUGGCCGAGAGACUCAUCAGGGUCAUGAACAGUGCUGCCCAGCCAGAUGGGAAGAUCCGAUUGGCGACGCUGGAGCUGAGCUGCCUGCUCCUAAAACAGCAAGUUGUGACCAGCACGGGCUGCAUCGUAAAGGAUGUGCACCUGGCCUGCCUGGAGGGCGCCAGAGAAGAAAGUGUUCACCUAGCACGGCAUUUUUAUAAGGGAGAAGAAAUCUUUUUGGACAUGUUUGAAGAUGAAUACAGGAGCAUGACAAUGAAGCCCAUGAACGUGGAGUAUCUCAUGAUGGACGCCUCCAUCCUGCUGCCCCCAACAGGCACGCCGCUGACAGGCAUUGACUUCGUGAAACGGCUGCCAUGUGGUGACGUGGAGAAGACCCGGCGGGCCAUCCGGGUGUUCUUCAUGCUCCGUUCCCUGUCGCUGCAACUACAAGGAGAGCCUGAGACCCAGCUGCCACUGACACGGGAGGAGGACUUGAUCAAAACUGAUGACGUCCUAGAUCUGAACAACAGCGACCUGAUCGCGUGCACGGUGACCACCAAGGACGGCGGCAUGGUCCAGCGAUUCCUGGCUGUCGAUAUUUACCAGAUGAGUUUGGUGGAGCCGGACGUGUCCAGGCUCGGCUGGGGUGUUGUCAAGUUCGCGGGCCUUCUGCAGGACAUGCAGGUGACUGGCGUGGAGGAUGACAGCCGUGCCCUAAAUAUCACCAUCCACAAGCCUGCAUCCAGCCCCCACUCCAAGCCCUUCCCCAUCCUCCAGGCCACCUUCGUCUUCUCGGACCACAUCCGCUGCAUCAUCGCCAAGCAGCGCCUGGCCAAGGGCCGCAUCCAGGCGAGGCGCAUGAAGAUGCAGAGGAUCGCUGCGCUCCUGGACCUCCCAAUCCAGCCGGCCACCGAAGUCCUGGGGUUUGGGCUCGGCCCUGCCUCUUCCACCCAGCACCUGCCUUUCCGCUUCUAUGACCAGUGCCGCCGGGGCAGCAGCGACCCCACCGUGCAGCGCUCUGUGUUCGCUUCUGUGGACAAGGUGCCAGGCUUUGCUGUGGCCCAGUGCAUAAACCAGCACAGCUUGUCCUCCCUGUCCUCGCCGUCACCAUCCACCAGUGGGAGCCCUGGGGGCAGCGGGAGCACCAGCCGCGGUGACUCGGGAGGUGCCAGCUCAUCCUCCACCCCGUCUGCCGCCCAGAGCCCGUCAGAUGACCCCUUGACUGUGGAACAGCCUCAGCCUAACCUUUCUGACCAGGUGGUGAUCAUCAGUGAAACGGAAGCAGAUGCCAGGCCCAGCAGGAGCCUGGCAAGGAGCACAGACGUAGACACAGUCAGCCUGUCUCCCAGCCUCAUCCCAGCCCAGCAGCCCACCAUCUCCCUGCUCUGCGAGGACACUGCUGACACACUGAGCGUAGAGUCGCUGACCCUCAUCCCUCCCGUCGACCCCCACAGCCUCCACACCCUCACGGGCAUCCCCACAUCACCCACACCAGCCACAGUGGGCAGAGCGACCCCAGGUGAGGAGGCUGCGCACCCGGGCCCAGCAGGCCCCACCGAGCGCUGAGUCGGCACUGAGCGGCCUCCCUUGGUGCGUGCGGCCCCGCUGGUAGGGACCAGGUGCAGCUGGCUCGGAAGACACGUGGGAAGCAUCUCGGUUCUCCGCAGCCCCCAGUAACCAUCUCCACCACCUGUUCUCAUGCUCCUUUGCUCCAUCUGAACCGCUCUUUCACUUUGCGCCUCUUGGAGAGCAGGCUGCAAUCACUGGAGACACCCCAGCAAACUCGGGUGGCUCCUCGGAGGAGGCCUGGGCUCCUGACCUCUGAUCCCGGUGGCCGGCUCCUCGCGCUUCAUCAGCUGGCCCCUCUCCAGUCUCUAAGCUUCUCUGCCACCAUCUCCAGUGCACAGAAGAAGUGGACAAAGGUCACUGGAUAGAAAUUUGUAGAAAUGCAAACUCCAAUAAACAUCUCCUCUGGAUAUUUAUUUGUGCUUUUGGCAGAUGAAAAGCAUUCAUGUAGAAAAAUCUAUUUUUAAAAAAAGUCCAAAAAAAAAUCCUCAACCCUAAGGUUUGAUGUCAUGUUAAAAGUGUACUCUUACUGUUAAGGUUUCAUUUUUGUUUUCCCUUGAACUUCCCAGUGUUUUGACUUGGCUGGUUUUCUCCGUUUUCUCAAGUGAUUCUUACAUCUUUGUUACUCACAAACUCUGCAAGCCUGUGGAAUGAAAAAGUACCUUUCUGGAAAGUUUAGAUUAUUUUUUAAACAAAAAUAAGGGAGAUACAUAUAUUCUCAGGUACACACACUGCUGAGAGGGCCAAUUCUCUGCCACAACAGCCAGGGGGCCUCGCAUUACCUGGAGAUCUUUCCAUGAAAGGGGACAACGGUGCAGUCAGCUCCCUGUUCAAGACCCAUUCCUUAUCUCUGGACUAGAACCAAACUGGAUGGUUUUCCAACAUCACCUCAAUUGUCACAUCUGUUUAUCUAAUAAAGAACCAUCUGGGACUGUGAUAACUCCAGCCCCAGUGGCUGUGAUGGAGAGAGCAGGCCAUGGAAGCUGUCCCUUGAGUUGCCUGCUACUCAACUGUGCGUGCUGGUGUGCAGGGAGAUGGCUGCGCACCAGCUGCCGGGGUGUGAUGUCCACAGCCACGGAGUUAUCCUGGGAGCUCGGGGAUUGCCCAGCUGCUGCUACAAAGACACACGCUUGUAUUUAUAAUGCAGACCCCACCAUUCUUCCUCCUGAUGGGCUGGGUGUGUGCAGGCCAAUUUACUGAUGGAUCCAGUAAAGUGCCCCAAAUGUUCCUUUCUACUUAGCCAGGCAAGCCAAGCAGCCCUCGCCACUCGGGCAGUGCCAAGACCUUCCAGCAUGUCCGCCAGGAGUGUCAGUGCACACAGCGUCCAUGUCGGCCAGGCCUGCUGACGGGGCCCUCAGGAGAUGCCCUGAGCGCUCACCACCCACCUGGUCCAGAACCACUGCCCCAGCCAGCCUCACAGCAGGGCCUGCCCAAGCCAGGCCACAGCCUCCUGCAGGAGACACAGUGGUCCCAAGGAGGACGGGGAGUGGUGGCCGUGGGGACAGGUUUCUCCAGUCAUCAGAAGCCCUCUGGGUAGGUAUGCCCACCCAGCUUCAACAGAAAGAUCCAGCUCAGAAAGGAGGCCUUUUAGGCAGGCAUUCCAGGGGCCCUGGCAGGAGAGACGAGUCAUGGCCAUCAGCAGAGCACCCGAGGAAGGAAAGGCAGGUGGGUCAGAGGAAGGAUGGCCUGUGGGGGCAAAGGGCAUAUCAUCAGGGACGGAGGCACCCCCUCCUCCAGCAGUCAGCCACAUGCCCUGCCCAGUCUUCUGCUUGCAUAGGGGAGAGGCUAGCCCCCAAGCCACAUGCUUCUGGUUUUGAAAUGACUCUGGGGCAGCAGAAAUGAGAGGAGGUGAGUGACUUCCCAGCCCAGUGGCAUUGUGGGGAACAAGCCCAUGCAGGGGGACCCAGGCCCUCCCCAAGAACCAUUAGCCUGCCACCUGAAAUCAGGUGGUUUUGUGGCCACCAAGCACUACAGGAGAAAGGUCUUAGGCAGGGGGUACAGCAUGUCUGGGGGGACCUGCGGCAGCACUGAGCUGAUGCAGCCCAGCCUCCACAGACUGUUGAAUAAAAAGUACCGAUGCAGCCAAGUUUUUGCCCCAAACUCCUGGCCAGGGCAGCCUCACCCCAGUGGUGGUGGAGGGCAGGGGGGAGCAUGUUCUUGGUUGGUCCUAGAGUGCACCUCUGCGGGAUGCUUCCAGAUGUGGGGUGGGGACUUCCUUUAACCAGGGGCUCCCAGACACCUUGCUGGCGAGGAGGAGACACAUGUCCUUGUGGGGGGGAGUCAGGCAGCUGCCUUGGCCCCUAUGAAGGGCCCGCCUCGCUGGGUCUUAGCAGCCGUGGGCGUGGCUGUGUCUUCAGGAGCCCCCUGGAAACCUAACAGCAGGAUGCUCCCAGGCAGGCCAACCCAGACAGGGGGGCUCCAGGCUUGCGCAGAGAGAGGCAUAGCCAGGGGUCCUUGCAGAACCGGGGCAGGGGCCAUGGCUUUGAUGUGCAGCACCUAGACUCAGAUGCCUGGGGUCAGCCUGGGCAAGCCCACCCAGCCCGCCACCUGCCUGUCCCUACAGAGAGAGGGCCGCCGCCCCGCCUCCCAAGUCCACAUCAGGCCUGCUGGGUUUGCUGAGUCAGGGCAGGGUGGCCACGUGAACCCCACACAUCUGCUUUGAAAGCUCCUGUGGGGAAGCGUGUGUCCUUUCCGUUCUGGGGCUUGAGGGAGCAGGCGUCUCUCCUGAAGGGCAGGCGGGUGUGGGGCCGGGAGUUCUCCUGGGGGAGCAGGGGACCAGCCCCACGGCCACGGCAGGGAUUCAGGGGGGUUGCCCUAUCCCGGGGCGGGGGGAAGGGGGGUCUUCUGCCCCCAGCAGGCCCGCUCCACCAGCCUCCCCCUCUGUGCUCUCUGCUCUCUUUACCUAAACACCCACGUGCACGUGGGUGGGCGGCCAGGGGCCGGGUGAAGACACGCACCUCUUUAAAGACAUACACUAGAUCUCUCUAAGGCCUCCACUUGCCCUCGUUCAAAAACCAAAAGUGGGUGAAAUGAUUCUCCUUUUCUAGAUGCAAUAAAUAAGAAGUAUUCAGUGUGGUCAUGUUGACACUGGGCAUAAACUGUAAGGGUUCCUUAUGUUCCUCUGAGCUGGAAAUAUGUGAAUAAUUCUUGUCCCAAGGAGGAGCGGGGGCUGAGAACCCUCAUGCUCUGGGCCAUGGGACCAUCCAGGGAAGUACCUGCUCGCACUGGCGUGACUCAUGCUUUGUGGGUACUGAACCCGAGGGUGGAAAUGAAAACUGGAACUUCCUGGCAAAUUUGAACUUGGCAAUAAAAGUUACCAAGAA